GAGCCUGAGCCGAGCCUGCCCCAGCCGAGAGGAUUUCCAACCGGACCCAAGAACGAGACGGACCGAGCAGGGAUCAGGUGCAUACACAUAGAGUUGAUUAUCACGAAAGUGGAAACAGAACAAAAACGAUGUCGACCUCAACAGUCUCGCCUACCGAAUAUGUACCCCGUCACAAGUUCCCAGUCCUCGACACUGACCCACAUUUCAAGCGAGUGAUCAGAUACAUGCGCUCGACCGAUCUGGCGGCCUGGUUAGGAUUCACUGUCGGCGUUCCCGGUUUACUCUAUGCCUGGGAUCUCAGUGAUAGGAUCCCCGUCCGUCACAUCAAAACUCAGACUCGAUUCUAUGGUCUGGGAACCUGGUUGGGAUUUUGUGGAGGGUUCUUGAUGGCUUACGAACGUGGGGCAAAUCGAUUUUUAGGUUGGAGUGAAAACGAACGCGAGCAGAAGAUGCAACAUGAAGAAUUCACCCAGAUCGCCCGGUCCGGUCGACCGAUUUGGGGGGAAUCGACUAUCCAACCUUGGAUUCAAACCGUCGCUCACCAUAACUCACAAUUCGCGCACCUCAAAUUCUCGACAAUCCCAUGGUUCAACUUUGUCAAUCAUCCUUACCAUGGUGUUGAUGUAUCUAAGUACUAUGAAGAUGCAAAGGUGUGGAGACAAGAAAAUGGAUUGGAAAAUUAAGAAUGUCCCCUUUCUUCAAGUUUCGUUUGAUAUCAGUCUACAUACUUUUUUCCCUCAUGGUCCGCUUGAUUCUCCCUUGUAAAAGCAACUACAUAAACCUAUUCCAACACCUGGUUCCAAUCAUAGGUUUCCUUCCAUUUGGAAAACACA